AUCGUUCUUAUAUCCGUUUAACAGAACAGGAAUAUAGCUCAUUACCUAUUGAUAUCCUUGUGCAAAUAGUUCUCUCUUUCAUUGUCGUCUGCAUUGGUCUCGUUGGUCUCACUGGAAAUCUGAAGGAGAUAGAAGCUGCUGCGGAGUUCAGGGAGAAGACCUGUGAUUCACUUGGAAAUAGACCUUCCUUUUACAUUUUUCAUCACCGCAAAGUUCCCUCGUCGACUAAUCCCACCCUCUAAUUCAGGAGUCACAAUGUCCACCAACCCUAUUGUUCUUGCCCGUGGACACACAGAAGCAGUCACAUCUUUGUCACUUUCUGAUCAUCUGCUGGCAUCUGGAAGUGUGGAUGGCAAUACUUAUUUCUGGUCGCUUGAUCAAAGUCCUUAUCCUGUUCUCCAGGCUCCGAGAUAUGGUCACUGUUCUAGUCUUAAAUUUAGUGUUAAACAACCGAAUAUGCUGUACGGCGCAUACUGUCAAGAAAUUGUUUCCUGGGAUAUUCGCAACAUAACACAGCCAUCUGGUGUUUGGAAAGUUAAUGAAGAAAAAGUGAAUUCCAUUGAUGUAUCGGAGAUUGGUGAUCGUCUGGCAUCGGCAGAUGGUACUGGUGCUGUACAGAUUAUUGACUUGAGUAAUGGUACCCUUGUGCGAACUCUUAGGAAGCACGAUAGAAGCGUGUCUUCAGCUAAGUUUCGCCCCGGCCGUCCUUGGCAGCUGGUGAGCGGUGGUGUCGACUGUAAAGUUGUCGUUUCCGACUGGAAAGGAAGCGGUCUAGCGGUAAAUAUAUUUGAGUUGGAUGAAAUGGUGGAUUACUCUGUGUCCGACUUAAACAAUGUGGCGGCUGACGAUAGUUAUGUAGACAGUAUAGAUGAUGAAUCCUUGAAUCCAUUAUCCGGUCUCGAUUUUGUCUCCACCAUGUACUAUGACGGGGGUUAUACCAGAACUGAUGACCGCACUCGAGAUCGGUUCGCCGAGCAAAUUGAUACAUUACUAAUCAGCGGUGGUAAAGACGAGAGUAUCUAUGUAUGGAAUCUUGAAUCGGAUGCUUAUGGUCAAGGUACAUAUCACGGUGAAGAAGUGAACGCCUUUGAGGGUAAACAGCUGGAACGUGUUAUCGUUGCGGAUUCCUCACCUGUAAUUAGAGUACUGGAUUUGUCUGUCGAAUGAACUAUCAGCACCGUCAGUAUGCAAAGUCUUCUUCCGCUUCCUAUUUUUUAUAUUUUCUGUGUGUUAUAAAUAAAAUUGAGUUUAAAUGAUGAUUCGCAAAUGUGAUAUUCCUUUGUUUUUUGUACAUUCUACUUUGACAUUUCUAGGUUGGUAUGUUGUGGUGUUCCCGUUUAUUUGUGUGUGCAUAACCUUUUUGCCAUUUUUAUCUAUUUUUGAUAUUAAUUAAGAUAUCCAUACGUAUAUGUACACAUGAAUAACUGUCUACGUUAAAAUAUUUAUCAAUCGUUAUGUACAUGUAUUGUAAAUAUGUAUAUGUAAGACCUUUUUAUUUUUUGUUUUUCUACCGAGUUUAUAAACUUUUUACUAUCUGUACAGUAUUUAUUUGUUGAACAUGUUAGUUAAGCUGU